AUGUUCGAUCGUAGCGGUGUGCAACCGGGUAAACGCUCGCGUGUCUUAACUCAAAAAGGCUUUCAUAAUGAGCUCGUUAACAAAACAAAGGCAUUCAAUAAAGAAACAAAGAAACUUCAAAGCGCUAUUGAUAAACUCUAUGAGACGUUCAACAACGCCGAAAAUGUGGGAAUCACUGAAGCGCUCAAGUCUGUGAUGCUCGGUAAAGACGUUUUCGAAAAUGUAGUAUUGUCUUUAAGAGAACUUUCGGCCCUCGAUCGGUGGGGUGAAUCAACUGAAGUUAAAGAUACAGUCAAUUCUACGGCAGCAAAAUUUCUUCAAGCUACAGACGAAGCUAUCCAUGAGGCAAAAAGGAGAUUACAUCUAGCGGAUGAGAUCAUCCAUGCAGCAGGCUGUAAAACUACUACAUCAUCAGUAGAAACAUCAAUUAGAAGCGGUUCGCAUUCCUCUCUGAAAUCCGAACGCAGGAAAGCCCUUGCCGAUGCAGCGGCUGCUAAAGAACAGGCUGAGUACGAGAUGAUAAUCGCAGGUAAGAUCAACGAAAGGAAACAAUUGGAAGCAAAAGAAGAACACCGUAGAUUAACAGAGAAGGCUCAAUAUGAACAUGAUGUGGCAAUUCUAGAGGCGAAGAAAACAGAAGCCAUUGCAAAAGCCAAACUGGAUGCAAUAGAACAAUCUAUCACUGAUGAUGAAAUAAAGUCACACGGAGAUAGGUCAAAGACGCAGACCGACAUAAAGAAGGAACAAACAGCAGCGUGGUUGAAUGAUUUGGCGCCUGAUGAAAUCGAAACAACCUCGACUGGCACUCACCGAACUCUAUCCUCGCCCCAAGUCAGUCCUGACCUGCCUCCUACAGAUAGACCACCUGCAAUGCAACCAACGCCGAACUCGCAACAACAUACUGUUCAACAAUCUUCAGACAUCUGCCAACGUGUGGGUCUCAUGAGUGCCGCCAAUGAAAGAUUGUCAUCAACCCUUGCUAGGCUCAGCUUACCAAAGUGUCAUCCCGAUAUAUUCUCUGGAGAUUCCACAAUGUUUCAUCCAUGGAAGACGGCCUUCAAAGGAAUGUUAGAGAACUGUGGAGUGGUACCUAGCAACGAAAUUAACUACCUUCACAUAUAUACGUCUGGGCUACCGCAGAAACUGUGGAUAGCUACCGUAGAAGACAACACAAUCAUCCAGAAAAUCUACUAA